AUGGCGCCCAAAGACUUCAUCAUCAAGCACAUGAAUGCUGAUCACCAAGACUCCGUGGAACUGUUCCUGCAAGCCUACUGCGGUAUCACAGCCAAACAAGCCAAAGCUGCGCAACUGGAAGACAUCAGUCUCUCGAACCUGAUCGUGACUGCCCACGGUACCCGGUACAGCGUUCCUAUCGAUCCCCCGAUGAAAGACUACUCGGAGGCGCGCGUCCGUAUGGUGGCCAUGCACAAGGACAGCCUGAAGCGUAUAGGACGCAGCGAAAUCACACUCAAAGAAUACCGCCCCCCGCGCGGUUACCAGGCAGUGAUCUUUGGGUUGUGCCUGUUCACCUACAUCAGCUGCUGGAACCGUAGCAAUGUUCUGCCCGGCUCCGCUGUCUACGAGUACUUUGGGUACAAAUACGUCCCCAAUUUCGCCCAUUUUGUCUACAAUAUCCAGCCCUACCUGCUUCCUCCAUUCUUGGCCAUUCAUAUUACUGAGACCGUGGUGCUCGCGGUGACACAGUUGAAGCCAUUGGGUGUGCCGUUUUUGUCCGGUUUAUGGUGCAAGUGGACUGCGUCGUGUCUCAUUGAGGGAUUCGGUACAUUCGUGCGCAUUAAGCAGAUUGUGAAGAAGGAGAAAGCGAAGGCGAUGGCGAAGAGCCAGUAG